UGCACCCAGGGGCAUAACUUUACCUUGUGGUCGGUACGCGGAGAGGCAGCGUCAGCCUCGGGCAGGGCUGUAUUCUGCAGCCACUGGCACUGCCCUCGCCAUCGAGACCUCAGGCGGGGAAGUGGGAUAAGGAGAAGGUGGCGGAGGCGGCGGCAGCAGCCACAACAAACCGAGUGAGGGCGGCUGGCUGCGGGGAAGGCGUCGGCAGCCCUGGGCGAUCCGCAGCCGGAGCCCGAGCCCGAGCGCAGCCGGGGUAGAAUUCAAACUUUUUUUUUAUUCCUGGAAGUUAAAGAAAAGGAAGGUCAUUUUAGUGUCUUACUGAUAAAGGCUUGCUGGCAGGCUAGCCGGCUGGAAGAUCUGACAAGAGUGGCAGCAGCCAAGGAGGAUCCGUGAAAGGUAGCCGACGGGCGGGAGGCUUGGCCGGCCAGGACGCAGGACCCCUGCUCUUCAGCUGCAAUGGGGUGGCUGGAAGACCCCACCUGGCAGAUUCACGUUCACUUUUCUUUGCUUGUCCUGCUGUCCAUGCAUACAAGGGCUAAUUUCCUUGACAAUAUGCUUUUGCGAAGUUCGGCAAAGCUGAAUGUGGACAGCAAGAAGGAAGACGGUGUGAUCACAGCCCCUACCCCUCGGCCAAAGGUCUUGCAAUGCAAAUGCCACCAUCACUGUCCCGAAGACUCCGUCAACAAUAUUUGCAGCACAGAUGGCUACUGUUUCACUAUGAUAGAAGAAGAUGAUUCUGGGAUGCCUGUGGUCACUUCAGGAUGUCUGGGAUUAGAGGGCUCAGACUUUCAGUGUCGGGACACUCCUAUUCCUCACCAGAGGAGGUCAAUUGAAUGUUGCACAGAACGGAAUGAAUGCAAUAAAGACCUUCAUCCUACACUGCCUCCAUUGAAAAAUCGAGAAUUUGUUGAUGGAGCCAUACACCAUAAGGCCAUACUGAUAUCUGUGACAGUCUGUAGCUUCCUUUUGAUCCUUAUAAUACUAUUCUGUUAUUUCAGGUACAAAAGACAAGAAGCUAGACCUCGUUACAGCAUCGGACUGGAACAGGAUGAGACUUACAUCCCUCCAGGGGAAUCCUUGAAAGAUUUAAUUGAACAAUCUCAGAGCUCAGGAAGUGGAUCAGGGCUCCCUCUUCUGGUCCAAAGGACUAUAGCUAAGCAGAUUCAGAUGGUCAAACAGAUUGGAAAAGGUCGCUAUGGGGAAGUUUGGAUGGGAAAGUGGCGUGGUGAAAAGGUAGCUGUGAAAGUAUUCUUCACCACUGAGGAAGCCAGCUGGUUCAGAGAGACAGAAAUAUAUCAGACCGUCUUGAUGAGGCAUGAAAAUAUUUUGGGAUUUAUUGCUGCAGAUAUCAAAGGCACAGGGUCCUGGACCCAACUAUAUCUCAUCACAGACUACCACGAGAAUGGGUCCUUGUAUGAUUAUCUGAAGUCCACUACCCUAGAUACGAAAGCAAUGUUAAAGUUGGCCUAUUCUUCAGUCAGUGGCCUAUGCCACUUACAUACAGAGAUCUUUAGCACUCAAGGAAAACCAGCAAUUGCACAUCGUGAUCUGAAAAGUAAGAACAUCCUGGUGAAGAAAAAUGGAGCAUGCUGUAUUGCUGAUCUGGGAUUGGCAGUUAAGUUUAUUAGUGACACCAAUGAAGUAGACAUCCCACCCAACACUCGAGUCGGCACCAAACGUUACAUGCCACCGGAGGUGCUAGAUGAGAGUUUGAAUCGGAACCACUUCCAGUCCUACAUCAUGGCAGAUAUGUACAGUUUUGGCCUUAUUCUGUGGGAAAUCGCCCGGAGAUGUGUAUCUGGUGGAAUAGUAGAAGAAUACCAGCUACCCUACCAUGACUUGGUACCCAGUGACCCCUCCUAUGAAGAUAUGAGGGAGAUUGUGUGCAUCAAAAAACUCCGUCCAUCCUUCCCCAACAGGUGGAGCAGUGAUGAGUGUCUGCGGCAGAUGGGGAAACUCAUGACAGAAUGCUGGGCCCACAAUCCUGCAUCACGUCUUACAGCCCUGCGGGUUAAGAAAACCCUUGCCAAAAUGUCAGAGUCACAGGACAUUAAACUCUGAUUGAAGGAAGAAAGUAAACAUCUAGAGAUGGCCAACACGUAUUUUUCCUUUUGUUGGCAAAGCAGAUGAUGUUAAAGAUGUUUCUGUAGUACAAAUCUUGAACAACAUUCUGCUCCUGAGCAGGAUCAGGCCACUUGCUCUCAGGGAGAACCCUGGACAGAGAGUGACAUUGCCAAUCACAGGCUCGAGGGGCCUGUUUGCAGGAAGGGAAGACCACUUGGGUAACUGAUGCAAAAAUGAUACAUGUUGCUUUCUGUGAAAGUCUUGUAUUUGGGGAUUUUUAAAGAAAAAAAUAGUUUUUUUUUUCCUAAAUAAAACACAGUUGUAAACACA